AUGGAUAAGUUCCAAGCAUUCGGCAAGAACUUCAGUGCGAACUUCACGCCCUUCGCUGCGCGCACACAGCAGUUGAUCCGAGAACAACUCGGCCAGGUCGAAGACAAGACCCAGCUCCCUGAUGAGUACAUCGAGCUCGAGAAGCGCGUGGACGCCCUGAAGCUGGUGCACCAGAAGCUCCUCCAGGUGACCUCCCAAUACUCCAACGAACCCUACGACUACCCACCCAACAUCCGUGAAUCCUUCAACGACCUCGGCCGCACCAUCAACGAGAAAGUCCAGCUCCUCUCGCAGGCCAGCACCCCCGCCGAGGCCCAGGCCGCCCUGACCGCUCCUCCCGCCGCCAAACCCCAGCCCAAGACCUUCAGCCAUGCCAUCGCGCGCGCCUCGCUAGCUGGGUCCCAGACCCUGUCUAGCACCACGGCCGGCGAGGACCCGCUUGCGACUGCGCUGGAGAAGUAUGCGCUUGCUUCGGAGAAGGUGGGCGAGGCCCGUCUGGCGCAGGACGCCCAGAUCCAGUCGCGCUUCCUGGCUGGGUGGAACACCACCCUCAACACGAACUUGAUGUUUGCCGCGAAGGCGCGCAGGAAUGUUGAGAAUGCUCGUCUUAUGCUGGACUCUGUCAAGGCGAAGCAUGGUGGUGAUGGGGACCACCUGAGCGAGGAGGCUCGCUCUGAGAUCGAGCAGGCGGAGGAUGAGUUUGUCGGACAGACAGAGGAGGCUGUGAGCGUUAUGAAGAAUGUCCUUGAUACCCCUGAACCCCUGAGGAACCUGGCGGACCUUAUCGCCGCGCAGCUGGAAUACCACAAGCGAUCUUACGAGAUUCUCAGCGAGCUGGCUCCUGUCGUUGACUCGCUUCAGGUUGAGCAAGAGGCCAGCUACCGUAAGAGCCGCGAGGGUGCCUAG